AUGCCAAUCAAUCUCUUGUUCCGUGAAUUUCAGACCUCAUCAUCUCUCUACACUCUAGACUUUACGAACAACAUAUUACCAGUUAUGGCAGUUGCACCCCCAGCUGCCAGCCGUCGCCCUUCCGUCGCCGCCCUUUAUCCCAAAUUCGCCCUCUCAGAAACCAGCAAUUGGGUUGGUUUGGGUUUUGUAAUUAAAUCACCCAAAUUGAAGGGUGUUGGAGGAAGAGCCAGAGUUACACCUUGUAGGAGAUUCCGCAGCCCAGUAGUGGCGACGGCGGCAUUGGGUGGUUUACUCGGGGGGAUUUUUGGGACCGGCACAGACACCGGAGAAUCUACAAGGCAGUUAUAUGCAACUACUGUAUCACUCAUCAAUCAGAUGGAGUCUGAAAUUUCCUCUCUCUCCGAUUCACAGUUGAGGGAAAGGACCUCCACCUUGCAACAACGCGCACUUCGCGGUGAUUCCCUCCAAUCCCUUUUACCUGAAGCAUUUUCCAUAGUGAGAGAGGCUUCUAAAAGGGUUCUAGGCCUUCGUCCCUUUGAUGUACAAUUGAUAGGUGGUAUGGUUCUUCAUAAAGGAGAAAUAGCUGAAAUGAAAACAGGAGAAGGAAAGACACUUGUUGCUAUAUUGCCUGCUUUUCUAAAUGCAUUGGCUGGGAAAGGAGUCUACGUUGUUACCGUUAAUGACUAUUUGGCCCGACGAGACUGCGAAUGGGUUGGUCAAGUUCCACGUUUUCUUGGAUUGAAGGUUGGCUUAAUUCAGCAAAAUAUGACAAGUGAACAAAGGAGGGAAAAUUACCAGUGCGACAUCACAUAUGUUACGAAUAGCGAGCUGGGUUUUGAUUACCUAAGAGAUAAUCUUGCCACGAGCGUUGAUGAACUUGUGUUGAGAGGUUUCAAUUACUGUGUAAUUGAUGAGGUUGAUUCUAUUCUAAUUGAUGAAGCAAGGACUCCUCUCAUCAUAUCAGGAUCUGCAGAAAGACCAAGUGAUCGUUACUAUAAAGCUGCUAAGAUAGCCACUGCAUUUGAGCGAGAUAUACAUUAUACUGUUGAUGAGAAACAAAAAACGGUUUUACUUGGAGAACAGGGUUAUGCUGACGCUGAAGAAAUUUUGGAUGUAAAAGAUUUAUAUGAUCCAAGAGAGCAGUGGGCAUCAUACAUAUUAAAUGCAAUUAAAGCCAAAGAACUUUUUCUUAAGGAUGUGAACUAUAUAAUCAGAGGCAAGGAGGUUCUUAUAGUGGACGAGUUCACUGGCCGAGUAAUGCAGGGGAGACGCUGGAGUGAUGGACUUCACCAGGCAGUUGAAGCUAAAGAAGGACUGCCCAUACAAAAUGAAACUGUGACCUUGGCUUCAAUUAGCUACCAGAACUUCUUUCUCCAGUUUCCAAAACUCUGUGGCAUGACUGGCACUGCUGCUACUGAGACCGCAGAGUUUGAGAGCAUAUACAAACUCAAAGUUACAAUUGUUCCAACAAACAAGCCCAUGAUGAGAAAGGAUGAAUCAGAUGUAGUGUUCAAGGCUACUACAGGAAAGUGGCGGGCAGUUGUAGUGGAGAUUUCUCGAAUGAACAAAACAGGUCGGCCAGUUCUUGUUGGGACAACUAGUGUUGAGCAGAGUGAUGCAUUGUCUGAACAGCUUCGUGAAGCUGGAGUUCCGCAUGAGGUUCUGAAUGCAAAACCGGAAAACGUGGAAAGAGAAGCUGAAAUUGUGGCUCAGAGCGGUCGUCUUGGGGCAGUUACAAUUGCAACAAACAUGGCAGGACGUGGUACAGACAUUAUCCUUGGUGGUAAUGCAGAAUUUAUGGCUAGGUUGAAGUUACGUGAGAUGUUGAUGCCAAGAGUUGUAAGGCCUGCUGAAGGAGUUUUUGUUUCUGUAAAGAAACCUACUCCUAAGAAAACAUGGAAGGUAAAUGAGAGCCUAUUCCCAUGCACACUGUCUAGAGGCAACUCCAAAUUGGCUGAGGAAGCUGUAGAGUUGGCUGCCAAAAUGUGGGGGCAAAGGUCAUUAACUGAGCUUGAAGCAGAGGAACGGCUCUCAUAUUCUUGUGAAAAGGGUCCUGUUCAAGAUGAAGUCAUUUCAAAGCUGCGCAGUGCAUUUCUUGAAAUUGUUAAAGAAUAUAAGGUUUACACAGAGGAAGAGAGGGAGAAGGUUGUGUCAGCUGGAGGACUUCAUGUUGUGGGUACCGAACGUCAUGAGUCACGCCGAAUUGACAAUCAGCUGCGUGGUCGUAGUGGCAGGCAAGGAGACCCUGGAAGUUCCCGAUUUUUUCUUAGUCUUGAAGAUAACAUAUUUCGCAUAUUCGGUGGAGAUCGAAUUCAGGGUUUGAUGAAAGCUUUUAGAGUUGAAGACCUACCAAUUGAAUCCAAGAUGCUGACAAAAGCACUAGAUGAAGCUCAGAGGAAAGUGGAGAACUACUUUUUCGACAUUAGAAAACAAUUGUUUGAAUAUGAUGAGGUUUUGAAUAGCCAAAGAGAUCGUGUGUACACAGAGAGGAGGCGAGCUUUGGAAUCUGAUGAUCUCCAAUCUCUCCUGAUUGAAUAUGCUGAAUUAACUAUGGAUGAUAUACUUGAGGCAAAUAUUGGCUCUGACACUCCUAGAGAAAGCUGGGACUUUGAGAAGCUUAUUGGAAAACUUCAACAGUAUUGCUAUCUUUUGGAUGAUUUGACCCCAGAGUUAUUGGAAAGUAAAUGCUCCAAUGUUGAGGAAUUAAGAGGUUACCUCCACCUUCGUGGACGUGAAGCAUAUCUGCAGAAACGGGAAAUAGUGGAGAAAGAGGCUCCAAAUUUGAUGAAAGAAGCGGAAAAGUUCCUCAUAUUGACGAAUAUUGACCGUUUAUGGAAGGAACACUUGCAAGCUCUAAAAUUUGUUCAGCAAGCAGUAGGUUUACGGGGGUAUGCACAGAGGGAUCCGCUUAUUGAAUACAAACUCGAGGGAUACAAUCUUUUUGUAGAGAUGAUGGCAAGAAUAAGAAGGAAUGUCAUUUAUUCUAUUUACCAGUUCAAACCUGUCUUGAUGAAGGAGCAGAACAACCUGGACGCCAAUACAGUAAAUUCUAAAAUCCCCACUUCAUCAGCUGUCAGUCAGCAGGCAAGCAAGUGACAACUUGUUGACCAGUCUGGAAAAGGAACAAAAAUGCUUAUAUACUGUGUGCAAUUAAUGUAAAAUAGAUUGUGAAUUAAGUACAAAGAGUUGCAUGUUUUGACAGUUGUAUCAAUAUUCAAAUGUAAAGGGAUUUGACUAAAAAAUAACAUCAUCUUAGCAUUUUUGUUGGUGAAUGAAUCAAUCAAUACACGGUGGCCUUCUAAUGUGAGGAUGAUUUUUUUCUGUGAAGAAUCCUUGUUUGCUGUAACGAAUUAAACUGACGUUUGAAGAUAGGGAUACUACGCCGUUUUGUUUUACCUAAGUUCAA